AUGCUAUCAAAUGCUAAUGGUUACAAUGAGGGAUUAACAGAGGAUGCACCACUUACUCAUGGGCGUAAUAAAAGAUUCAGACUACAAUGUUACGAGGAUGGGGGGCUCAAAGUUACGAUCGUCACUUUUACCGUGCUAAGUAUUGCAAUCACUGUAGCUCUUGGGCUCGAAGUAAUUUACAAUGAAAAUGUAUCAGGGGAUAAGAGACAUGGAGCUGUUGCAACUGAUUCAAAAAAUUGUUCGGAAAUUGGAACGACCAUACUAAGGAAAGGUGGAAAUGCGGUAGAUGCAGCAGUAGCUGCAACAAUUUGUAUGGCAGUGGUCAGUCCCCAUAAAACAGGUCUUGGUGGCGGUGGUUACGCGAUGAUCUAUAGUCACAAGGACCGAGUGAAACCGGUGGUUAUUGAUUUUGCAAGAAACACGAGAGACGGUGUAUUUGGCAGCACAAACGUUCGAUUACCAGCAGUUUUGAAAGGGUUGGGGCUCACUCAUUCACUGCAUGGUAAACUUCCUUGGGACCAAUUAGUAUUACCGUCGUCCAAACUGGCUCGAGAGGGAUUUAUAGUGAGUAACGAAUUUGCUGACGAAGUGGAGAAAAAUCCGAGGAUUAUAGAAAUUUAUGGUCGGCUUGACCCUGGCCAGCAUCUGAAGUUGACACUGUUAGCAGAUACUUUGGAUAUCAUAGCUAAACGUGGUUUUAAUGAAUUGUACAACGGAAGUUUGUCCCAGAAAUUUCGCUCUCAAUCAGUGGAUUUUUCACGGCAAAUGGCAAAUUACAAACCGGAAAUAAAAGUAGCUGAUGUGAUAAAUUUUUAUAAUCAUUUGGUGUAUUAUCCGCCAAAUGCAAACUCACUCAAACAUGCACUCCAAAUGAUCGAUGCGCUUCACAUACCUAAUGAGAAUGCAUCGACUAUAGAGUCACAAUGUCUUGUUGCUGACGUUUUGGUAAACAAUACAUAUUCAAAAGCUGGAUCAGAGGGAAUGGAGGAACGAUUUAGCAAUGUCGUCGUAAUGGAUGAAGUGGAUUCCUAUGUCAUUAUAAUUACUGGUCUAAGCGCAACGUUUGGAUUAGGCAAAACAUCAGAUGCUGGUUUUCUCAAGGACAGCGCGGCGAAUAGUUUGGAAAAACUUACACCAGUUCUAUUUUGCGAUGCAGUAUCGAUAUGUGGAUUACGCGGGAUCACUGCCACUGAUGAUGUGCCGCUCACUGCAGAACUUUUGUACAACCUUAUGGUGCGCAAACUGAACGUUUCUAAUGCUGUAGAACAUCCAAGGUAUUACAUAUUGCCAGAUGGAAUUGCUGUAGAAAGCGAUUACUCGCAUGUGGCAGAUCCCACAUUAUGCAAUUCUCUUAAGUUAAACACCUCCAGACAAAAUGCCGAUGAGAUACUAAAAAGUUGCAAUACCAUAGUCAAGGUCAAAGACACUAUGAAUAGUCAUUCCGAUAGCCGAGGGGGUGGUCAUGCUUCGAGGUUUCAACCGUCAGGAAGUUGCAUUAAUUGUGCAGUCUAAAAUUACAGGGAGUCACAAGUAACAAAAAGAAUAUAUGGAGACAAGAAACUAUUUAUAAAAUUAUUUAUUUAAGAUUUUGUACGAUAAUAAUGAAUAAUAGAUAGUUAACAAAUUUAAUAUCAACAGAUGCGUUAUUGAAUUUACUGACAUAACACUAUUCGCAAUGUGCGUGAAGUUCAAAAAUAUGUAUUUUCGUAAUGCUGUAAAGAUUGAUUAUGAAGAAGAAACUUGUUAAAUAAUAGUUAGUACUAACUCAGUAAUACUUUUAUACCGUAGAAAGCACACAAUUUAUUGUUUAGAUAUAGAAUAUUAUAUAUUUAUAUAUUAUAUAGGUAUAUUAUAGAAUAUUAGACACAGAAAAUUUCGUUAAAUCAUCAAAUUUUUGAUACUAUAUAUUUAAUCAUGUCACAAUAACUAGCAAAAAUAAAUAUGUUUUAUUGAUAAUAUUUUUAGUGUAAAUGCGCGUCUUUUUUGAUGUUCAUUCAAUUAUAAAAACUUUUACAAUAAAUAAAAUUCUAUACAAACAAAAGAUUCCCCAAUACAUAUAGCUGGAUCAGCAUUUAUAGUCAGGUUAUAGGUAUGUUUAAAAGAAUCAGCUAUUGACGUGACUUGAUUGAUAAAUAGCUUUCCGUGAAAUUGUGUUGAACAUCAGACUGGCUAUAAAAACCGGUUUUAAAACGUAUAUUUUCUAAGAGUAUAGCAUAAAAUUAAACAGCAAAAUUGCAGAAACUUCGUAGCUGACUGACCAUUUUUCCAGCGAAGAAGAAAUAUGUUUUCAUUCUACUUAGUUAUAAUGUAUUUGAUUAAAACUUAGUUUUGAGAAGUAAAAA